AUGGCGGAGGCGGCUCUGCUGCUGUCGCUGCCAGAGGCGGCGGCGGAGCGCGACGCUCGGGAGAAGCUGGCUCUGUGGGAUGGGAGAGCGGACACGACGGCUCCGCUGACUGACCGGCAGACGGACUCGGUGCUGGCGCUGAAGGCGGCUGCCGAGGCCCUGCCCGUGCCGGCCGAGCUCCCGAUUGAAGAUUUAUGCAGUUUAACCUCCCAGUCACUGCCCAUUGCACAGACUUCAGUAGUGCCUGAAUCUACAGAAGACAUUCUCUUGAAGGGAUUCACGUCCUUAGACAUGGAAGAAGAAAGAAUCGAAACUGCACAGCAGUUUUUCUCAUGGUUUGCAAAGCUACAAACUCAGAUGGAUCAGGAUGAAGGAACUAAAUAUAGACAGAUGAGGGAUUACUUGUCUGGGUUUCAGGAGCAGUGUGAUGCUAUAUUGAAUGAUGUAAACAGUGCUCUUCAGCAUCUGGAAUCAUUGCAGAAACAGUAUCUUUUUGUGUCCAAUAAGACAGGAGCCCUACAUGAAGCCUGUGAACAGCUCCUGAAAGAGCAGUCGGAACUUGUUGAUCUGGCCGAAAACAUUCAACAAAAACUUUCCUAUUUUAAUGAAUUGGAAACUAUUAACACAAAAUUGAAUUCUCCCACGUUGUCUGUGAAUAGUGAAGGAUUUAUACCUAUGCUGGCCAAGUUAGAUGAUUGUAUAACAUACAUCUCAGCUCAUCCGAAUUUUAAAGAUUAUCCUGUAUAUUUACUGAAGUUUAAGCAGUGUCUUUCUAAAGCUUUGCAUCUCAUGAAGACAUACACUGUGAACACACUACAGAACCUCACAAAUCAGUUAUUAAAAAGGGAUCCUUCAUCUGUACCUAAUGCAGACAAUGCCUUUACACUAUUUUAUGUGAAAUUUCGAGCUGCUGCCCCCAAAGUCAGAACUCUCAUUGAACAGAUAGAACAACGAUCUGAAAAAAUACCUGAAUACCAACAGCUGCUAACUGACAUCCACCAGUGUUACCUUGAUCAGCGGGAACUCCUUUUGGGCCCCAGUAUUACUUGUACUGUAACAGAGUUGACCAGCCAGAAUAACAGAGACCACUGUGCCUUGAUUCGCAGUGGCUGUGCCUUUAUGGUUCACGUGUGCCAGGAUGAACACCAGCUUUACAAUGAAUUUUUCACAAAACCAACAUCAAAAUUAGACGAACUUUUGGAGAAAUUGUGUGUGUCGUUGUAUGAUGUCUUCAGGCCAUUGAUCAUUCAUGUUAUUCACUUAGAAACUCUAUCGGAACUUUGUGGGAUACUUAAAAAUGAGGUGCUUGAAGAUCAUGUACAGAAUAAUGCUGAACAGCUGGGGGCAUUUGCAGCUGGCGUGAAGCAGAUGCUGGAAGACGUACAGGAGCGGCUUGUCUACCGGACCCACAUCUACAUUCAGACGGACAUCUCGGGCUACAAACCAGCUCCUGGAGAUCUGGCCUAUCCUGAUAAGUUAGUCAUGAUGGAGCAAAUUGCUCAGAGUUUAAAAGAUGAACAGAAGAAGUUACCACCUUCAGAAGCUUCAUUUUCAGAUGUUCGGUUAGAAGAAGCAGAGCCUCCUAAUAGUCUAACAAAAUCUGGUUCAUCUGAAUCUCUCAAUCCUAGACCGCAGACCACGAUUUCUCCAGCAGAUCUUCAUGGAAUGUGGUAUCCUACAGUUCGACGAACUCUUGUCUGUCUCUCCAAAUUGUACAGAUGUAUAGAUAGGGCAGUGUUCCAAGGACUAUCACAGGAAGCCUUGUCGGCCUGCAUUCAGUCCCUGCUUGGAGCAUCAGAGUCCAUCAGCAAAAACAAGACUCAGAUUGAUGGACAACUUUUCUUAAUAAAGCACCUUUUGAUUCUUCGUGAACAAAUUGCUCCAUUUCACACUGAAUUCACCAUUAAGGAAAUUUCCCUGGACCUCAAGAAAACUAGAGAUGCAGCAUUUAAAAUCCUGAAUCCUAUGACUGUUCCAAGAUUUUUUAGGCUGAAUAGCAACAAUGCCUUGAUAGAGUUCUUGUUGGAGGGUACUCCCGAGAUAAGAGAACAUUACCUUGAUUCUAAAAAAGAUGUAGACCGCCACCUGAAGUCAGCCUGUGAGCAGUUUAUUCAGCAGCAGACCAAGCUGUUCACAGAGCCACUGGAGGAGUUCCUGACAAAGGUUUCAGCAUUAAAAACAAUGGCCAGUCAGGGAGGACCUAAGUAUACGCUGUCUCAGCAGCCUUGGGCACAACCAGCAAAGGUUAGUGACCUUGUGGCAGGUACCUACAAGACGAUAAAAGCAAAGCUGCCCCUGACAUUGAGGAGUAUGUCCUUGUACCUGUCCAACAAGGACACUGAGUUCAUCCUGUUUAAACCAGUCAGGAAUAAUAUUCAGCAAGUCUUCCAGAAGUUCCACGUCUUGUUAAAGGAAGAGUUUAGCCCUGAAGAUGUUCAAAUCAUUGCUUGUCCUUCUAUGGAACAGCUGAACCUCCUACUGUCAGUUUCUAAAUAA